AUGAUAGGUGUACGAUCGGGCUUAGCUAAAAAGCUCAAGGAAAAAAUCCCGCAAUGGUUAGUACACAUUCUUCUCCAAAAUAUUUCCACAGAAAUUACGCCAGACUUUAUACUCGGCUAUAAGGAUUUGUUUCAUCAAGGAGAUGAAGGCAGGUCAUGGUACAUCAUCCUAAGAGGUUCUGUCGAUGUUGUGAUUCACGGUAAAGGUACCGUGAAUACUCUCCAUGAAGGUGACGACUUUGGAAAGCUAGCACUCAUCAAUGAUGCGCCGAGGGCAGCGACAAUAGUACUGCGAGAAAACAACUGUCACUUCCUUCGUGUAGACAAGGACAAUUUCAACAGGAUAUUGAGAGACGUAGAAGCAAACACUGUGAGAUUGAAAGAACAUGGCAAGGAUGUGCUCAUUUUAGAGAAAAUUACAACCAACACGCGACAAGUUUUUUCUUCCCAUUUCAAAUAUACUGUGAUGGCGGGAACGCCGCAGAAAAUGCUAGAGCACCUGCUGGAAACACGACUAGACGGAAGAGGGGUAACGCCAGGAGGAGAAACAUUCAUAAUGAACACAGCUCAAGACCCGUUUCUGGAUGACUUUCUGCUCACACAUGUGGUGUUCCUCCCUACCUAUCAACUGGUCGAGCAGCUGGAGAGAUACUAUAGGAUAGACACAUGCAAACAAGAAGAUCGCGAGUUUGCUUUGGCCUGCAAGCGGCGUGUGGUUCAUUUUGUGUAUCGUUGGGUGUCCGCGGUACGACAUCCAGUUUUUGAAGACGAAGCCGCAGCGGAUUUUAUUGCAGAGCUCGCGGAUGAACUAGAGGAGGAUGUCAUGAGGUACGGCGCGCUAGAGGAGGAAGCGGCUAUGAUGCAUCAUGUCAUGACGCAGCUCAGGAGGUUAGUUCAGACAUAA